CGAUAUUGCUCUCCCGCUGUCGCCCGCGCACCCGAAUCCAAGUUAGACAAAUCCGCGACCAUGUCCCUCCUCAGAGCAGGUGGCUCUGCCUGCCUUCGGGCAAGCAGAAUUGCUGUGCCCAUCAAUGCGCGUUUCAUCUCCACGCAAAACCGUUCUGGUGACCCCGGUGUCAAAACCAGCCCAGCAGACGCACCUUCCACACCCGUUUCAGACAGCUCCUUGGUUCGCAAGGAGACGCCAUCUGAAGCAAUGGCUCGUCAUCAGCCCGAUUAUGAUGCCACAAUUGACCAUGCCACCUCACAAUACUCCCCUGUGCCCAAGCGUGUCAUGGACGGUAGCGAGCCUGGCGACACUGUGGCUGCCGCGGUUCUCUCCGGAGCUCCUACAGACCUUCAAGCUCGAACUGUUAGGAUUUACAAGCCUUCGAAGCCUGCAACGCAGUCCGGUACCUGGCACGGCCAUCACUGGAGAAUGGACUGGGACAUUCUGCAGAGAGGUCACCGUUGGGAGAACCCUCUGAUGGGUUGGCAGUCUUCCGCCGAUUUUAUGCAGGGUACUCACCUGAACUUCAAGUCCAAGGAAGAUGCCAUCUUGUUCGCGCAGAAGCAGGGAUACGAGUACUUCGUUCAGGAACCCAACGAGCGCCGCUUCGUCCCUAAGGCAUAUGCAAACAACUUCGUUCACGAACCAAAGAAGCUUAAGCACAUCAGAACCAAGUGAUUGUGUUAUUCGAGUGUACUAUGUAUAUACUGCAAGGUUCUGGUCUUUGAAAGGUUGAUUCCAUAGGUUAAAUGGAUUUCAGUGCGUUCUCAGAUGUCUUUCACGAAACGUGGCGUACUGCUAGAAGAUACUGCUAGAACUGCAUUUACGGAUACGACGCUCUGCCGACAACUUGGCGAACCGUGCUCCUCGCUUUUCUUUUCAAUCCUGAACUUCAACCUGCAAUUCCCAAUCUGAGAGUCUUCUGCGGAGGACACGUGUGAGGAAUUGACAAUCUCAAUCCCUUCAGCAACAGCCCUUUCACUGAGGAUGUCUUGAGCGACCUUCAAGCAGCUUUACUAAAGUCUGGCUUGUAUGAUGGUCUGGAUGAGGCCUGCCAAGUCCGCGUGGAGAACUACGUGUAUUGUAUGAUCAUAGCAU